AUGGAAGUGUUUCGGGACGAUGAUGCAGAUGCAGAUGUGUUCCCGCGAGAGGACAGGAAUCUGUGCUCUUGCCUCGGCUGCUUUUCACCAGCUGCAGCCACCAUUUCUACAUGUUCCCAGAGCCAAAGGCUGGACAGCUGGCAACUUCAAUACAAGAAGCGUGAGGCUUACCCGGUCUGGGAGCAAAGCUUCGAGGAUGGCAGCCGAGCCUCUCAGCGACAGUCAAAAGCUCUGCUACCAGAUGAAGAAGCCCCCUCUCCUGAGCAGGCGGAUGGUACUGGUUUGGACCUGCAUUUCGAAAGCUUCCUGAAGGCCGCCCAGCCGCAAAGUGUCUCCAAAGCUGAGAACGAGUGGGAACAGCGUGCGGAAGUAGUGAUUGGUCCACGUGCCCAAGCAAAGUAUCUCAACUUCAGCUUGCCGGUGGGCGUUGCCUUGGGCGCGGUCGUUUCCUCCAGGGUUCAGCCUGAUGAUGACGGCAGACCAGGCACACCGCCUUGGCAUCCAAAGUUCUUUGCCGAGCUGAGCUGGCCAGGACUCUACGAGCUCUGCGGAUGGCUGCUGGAAGCUCGGACCCUCCACCGGAAAGUCGGCGCUUUGAGUGGUCAGGCGAUGCGGGCAUGGAGCAGUGCCGAGAAUCCGUCUCCACCAGCACAGUGGUCUCUCCAGCACUUCAAACAGCAUCCUCCAGUGCGUCUCCCCAAUAUUGUUGGCGAUGGCAUGGAUUCUGCAUCCUCCUUCCUUCGAGAUAGACUUUCAUGGUUGCGGCAGAGAUCUGAUCCUUGGACGCUGCGCGGUUCCUCGAGACCAGCAGUUAUGCCGGCCACGAAAUUGCGCAUAAGUAGCGACGGGCCCAGUGCACUUCUAGGUUUGCAGAGUGCGCAGGCUGGCCUGGGUGGAUCUGGAUUCGAGAGUGUGGCAGAAGUCAGCCGGCUUGGCUGGGGUGCCAAGCUUGCAGUGGCGCUUGGAAUUGCGGACCAAGGUUUCGGGCAACCACGUUAUGCGGUGACCGCGACAGGAGCAUGGCACAACUCCACAUCCGUAACGCAUGAGCUGAAGUGGAUGCUGUCAGAAGGCCAAUGGGCAGGAGUCACGUUUCAAAAUGGCGGUCCCGGAAGGCCGCCACGCAUUAAUGCGGCCGUCGAGCUGGUUGGCCGCUGA